GUCGCUGCCGACCUCGCGGGGUAGAUGAAACGCGCUCUGGUAGAUUACGCGGACGACGACGACGACGACGAUGACAAUCACCGGGCGCAACAACCAAAGCCCCGAAAACAGAAGAAACUUCCUUCCCUCUCCGAGACGUUCCUCCCCUCAAUGCCAGUAGACGAACCACACAAACACCAAGGUCGAACCCGCACGACGCCUUUCGUCCAAGGUCAAUACUGCGCCCAUGUCUAUAUACCACUGGAAGUUGGUGAGUUGGAGGAGGGGUUUAGAUAUUUGAUGAAACGGGCGAAAGGGUUGUGUCCAACCCUGCAUUCUUUGCUUGACCCGCCUGCUCCUCCUCCCACCGACUCCCUUGAACCGAGCAAUCCCCUCGAGAGCCAGGAUACCGACUCCGCCAUACAAGAACUGCACAUCUCCCUCACCCGCCCUAUCUUCUUGCGCUCUUCCGAGCGUGCCGCUUUUCUCGCCUCCGUCCGUUCCCUGCUCUCAUCUCACAAGUCGUUCGAACUAUCGUUGGCGACAUUGGCUGGGCUCGAGAAUGACCAUCGAACUAGAGGGUUUUUGGUAGCUGAGGUUGGGGCUGGGUUUGCGGAGUUACAAGCUCUCACCACAUCCCUCGAACCUGCCAUCACCGCCCUCAGGCAAGAAACCUACUACUCUGAACCGAGGUAUCACGUUUCCCUAGGAUGGGCACUCCUCGGCCCUUCUACGCCUUCCUCUGCGUUAUCUCCUAGUGGGGACGAGCAGUUGGGUGCUAACCUCCACACUACCAAUUCUGCUCCGAAACAACCUCAGAAGGAAUCGAACGAGUUGAGUGAUCAUCCCACGCAAAACGGAACCCUUGCCAAAGUGCCAGUAUUCCCAACGAUUCCCCGCCUCCCGCCCACGCUCAUUCCUACCCUACAAGCCGAAUACGGGAACCUGAUCAGGCAAGCCAUCCCGGUAGGGGAGGUAAGAGUGCGAAUAGGGAAGGAAGAGGUACGGGUGAGACUGAAGUAACUGGUUUUGGUUGUCCUGGCCUGAAACGCGUCUUUCUUGAUGGCACGCAGCUGUUCGCUUACACCAGCGCGUAGCAAACUACACGACCCGAAAGGCCACCACUUUGUAGCGGGGUGGACAGAGCAAGGCUUAAGAGGUGUAUGGCACCACCACUAAGGAAAUCAGCUAGGGGCCAGCAGAAACACCAGCGUCACCACUUAUGAUAGGAACCAUAAGCUGUGACGUUGAUUCGUCAGUUUAUUCUCACAUCUACACAUGCAUGGAGUUCUGUAAUUCUUCAGGUGUUAUACCCGAUAUCACAUUCUAGAUAUAUACAGGGGGUUGGUAUCUAUGGGAUUGGUAUGUAUCUUAAGACAUCAAAGGAACAGAAUAUGUU